UGUCGUCGUAAGAACGUUGUACCAGACUAUAAAGCUAAGUGAAAGAAUCUGAUAGUGGAUUUGUAUGUGCUUUUAAAUAUCAGAGACUACAGUAUAUCUGUUCUGUCGACGACGUGUUGUGUUUCUGCGCCACUUUAUAGUGGUGAUCUGGUGUGCACUUUGUUAUAAAAUAGCAGCAUGGCGGAUGUUACUGCGCGUAGCCUGCAGUAUGAAUAUAAAGCCAACUCGAACUUGGUGUUACAAGCGGACCGCUCGCUUAUUGACCGCACGCGUCGAGAUGAACCGACCGGAGAAGUUUUGUCUCUUGUUGGUAAACUGGAGGGAACCAAGAUGGGAGAUAAAAGUCAGAGAACAAAGCCACAGUUACUGGAGGAGAGGAGAGCAAAGAGAAGAAAGCGAGAUGAGGACAGGCAUGACAUUAAUAAAAUGAAAGGCUUUACUCUGCUUUCUGAGGGCAUAGAUGAAAUGGUUGGCAUUGUAUACAAGCCCAAGACAAAGGAGACCAGAGAAACAUAUGAAAUCCUACUGAGCUUUAUUCAGGCUGCACUUGGAGACCAGCCCAGAGACAUUCUGUGUGGAGCUGCUGAUGAAGUGUUGGCUGUCCUGAAAAAUGAAAAGAUGAGAGAUAAGGAAAGAAGAAAAGAGGUUGAGCAACUGCUUGGUCCUGCUGAUGAUACUCGCUACCAUGUCCUAGUGAACCUGGGCAAGAAAAUCUCAGACUAUGGCGGUGACAAGGAGCUCCAAAAUAUGGAUGACAACAUAGAUGAAACUUAUGGAGUAAAUGUACAAUUUGAAUCUGAUGAGGAGGAAGGGGAUGAGGACCAGUAUGGAGAAGUACGGGACGAAGGCUCUGAUGACAGUGAGGGUGAGGAAGCACAGGUUGGAGGUACACUGUCUGCUAAUCUGGGAAAUGCAGGAGAUGUGAUGAUGAAUAAAAAGAAAGACCUUCAUCCAAGAGAUAUUGAUGCAUUUUGGCUUCAGCGACAACUCAGUCGUUUCUACGAUGAUGCAAUUGUCUCUCAGAAGAAAGCUGAUGAGGUUCUGGAUAUUUUAAAGACUGCCAGUGAUGAUAGAGAAUGUGAGAACCAGUUAGUACUUCUGCUGGGUUUUAACACCUUUGAUUUUAUCAAAGUCUUACGCCAGCACAGACGCAUGAUUCUCUACUGCACCAUGUUGGCCAGUGCUCAGAGUGAGUCAGAGAAGGAAAGGAUCAUCAGCAAAAUGGAAGCUGAUCAGGAUUUGUCCAAAGUUCUUUACCAGCUUCAGGAGACUGAAAAAGAGGACAUAAUUCGAGAGGAGAGAUCACGCAGGGAAAGAGUGAGAAAGUCUCGAGUGGACAAUGACCUUGAGUCAAUGGACGUGAGUCAUGGAGAGUCAGUGGCAACACGACAUCUGCUAGAUCUGGAGGACCUUGCCUUCACCCAGGGCAGUCACUUCAUGGCCAACAAGCGCUGUCAGCUGCCAGAUGGUUCAUUUCGCAAACAGAGGAAAGGUUAUGAAGAGGUGCAUGUGCCUGCACUUAAGCCCAAGCCCUUUGCAGAGAAUGAGACGCUGGUAGCAAUUGAGAAGAUGCCGAAGUAUGCCCAGGCAGCCUUUGAGGGGUUCAAAACUUUGAACCGCAUUCAGAGUAAGCUGUUUAAGACCACCAUGGAGUCUGAUGGGAACCUGUUAGUGUGCGCUCCUACUGGAGCUGGUAAAACUAAUGUUGCCCUAAUGGCCAUGCUUAGAGAAAUUGGCAAGCAUAUCAACGUAGAUGGCACCAUCACUGUAGACGACUUCAAAAUCAUCUACAUCGCUCCAAUGCGUUCACUGGUGCAGGAGAUGGUCGGCAACUUUGGAAAGCGUUUGGCCAGUUAUGGUAUCAUAGUGUCAGAAUUGACUGGAGAUCACCAGCUCUGUAAAGAGGAGAUCAAUGCCACUCAGAUUAUUGUCUGUACACCUGAAAAAUGGGACAUCAUUACCCGCAAGGGAGGGGAGCGGACAUACACUCAACUUGUGCGCCUCAUCAUUAUUGAUGAGAUCCACUUGCUGCAUGAUGACCGUGGGCCAGUGUUAGAGUCUCUGAUUGCACGCACAAUCCGCAACGUGGAGCUAACGCAGGAGGACGUGCGUCUCAUCGGCCUCAGUGCUACACUGCCUAAUUAUGAGGAUGUAGCCACAUGCCUGCGUGUGGAUCCUGCUAAGGGCCUGUUCUACUUCGACAACAGUUUCCGCCCUGUGCCACUAGAGCAGACGUACGUCGGAAUCACAGAGAAGAAGGCGAUUAAACGUUUUCAAAUCAUGAAUGAGAUUGUCUAUGAGAAGGUCAUGGAACAUGCUGGAAAAAACCAGGUGUUGGUGUUUGUGCAUUCACGAAAGGAAACAGGAAAGACUGCACGAGCGAUCAGAGAUAUGUGUCUGGAAAAAGACACUUUGGGGCUGUUCCUUCGAGAAGGUUCUGCCUCCACUGAGGUCCUUAGGACUGAGGCGGAGCAGUGCAAGAAUCUGGAACUGAAGGAUCUUUUGCCUUAUGGAUUUGCCAUUCACCAUGCUGGUAUGACUAGAGUGGACAGAACAUUAGUUGAGGAUUUGUUUGCUGAUCGACACAUUCAGGUGCUGGUGUCAACUGCCACACUAGCAUGGGGAGUUAACCUGCCAGCACACACCGUUGUCAUCAAAGGCACACAAGUAUAUAGCCCAGAGAAAGGUAGAUGGACUGAGCUUGGGGCUCUAGACAUUUUACAGAUGUUGGGGCGUGCAGGCCGUCCACAGUAUGACACUAAAGGAGAGGGCAUUCUGAUCACAUCCCAUGGAGAGCUGCAGUAUUACCUGUCUUUGCUCAAUCAGCAACUGCCUAUUGAAAGUCAGAUGGUGGGCAAACUUGCUGACAUGCUAAAUGCAGAGGUUGUACUGGGCAAUGUUCAGAAUGCUAAAGAUGCAGUGAACUGGUUAGGUUACACGUAUUUGUACGUGCGGAUGUUACGCAACCCUACGCUGUAUGGUGUGUCGCAUGAAGAGCGAAGCUCUGAUCCUUUACUGGAACGGCGCAGGAUGGACCUUGUGCACACAGCUGCAACCCUGCUGGAAAAAAAUAACUUGGUCAAAUAUGACAAGAGGACUGGGAGCUUUCAGGUUACAGACCUUGGACGCAUUGCCAGUUACUUUUACAUUACCCACGAUUCCAUAAUGACCUACAAUCAGCUUUUAAAGCCUACAUUGAGUGAGAUAGAGCUCUUUAGAGUGUUCUCCCUUUCCUCUGAGUUUAGGAACAUCACCGUAAGAGAGGAGGAGAAACUGGAGCUUCAGAAGCUACUGGAAAGGGUGCCCAUCCCAGUAAAGGAGAGUAUUGAAGAGCCCAGUGCUAAGAUUAACGUACUGCUGCAGGCAUACAUCUCCCAGCUCAAACUGGAGGGCUUUGCUUUAAUGGCUGACAUGGUUUAUGUCACACAGAGCGCUGGUCGGCUAAUGAAGGCAAUCUUUGAGAUCGUUCUGAGUCGAGGCUGGGCACAACUAACAGACAAGUGCCUCAACCUUUGUAAAAUGAUCGACAAAAGAAUGUGGCAGUCUAUGUCUCCCCUGCGACAGUUCCGCAAACUUCCUGAAGAAGUUAUCAAAAAAAUUGAAAAGAAAAGCUUUCCAUUCGAACGACUUUAUGACCUUAACCACAAUGAAGUUGGUGAGUUGAUCCGCAUGCCGAAAAUGGGUAAAACUAUCCAUAAGUACGUGCAUCAGUUCCCUAAGCUCGACCUGGCGGUGCACCUGCAGCCAAUCACUCGCUCUACGCUUAAAGUGGAGCUGACCAUCACCCCAGACUUUCAGUGGGAUGAUAAAGUCCAUGGCUCAUCAGAAGCAUUUUGGAUCAUGGUGGAGGAUGUGGACAGUGAAGUGAUCCUACACCAUGAGUACUUCCUACUCAAAGCCAAGUACGCUCAGGAUGAGCAUCUGGUAACCUUUUUUGUGCCUGUAUUCGAGCCAUUGCCUCCACAGUACUUCAUCAGGGUGUCCUCAGACCGCUGGUUAUCCUGUGAGACACAGCUGCCAGUUUCGUUUCGCCACUUGAUCUUGCCAGAGAAAUAUCCUCCUCCAACAGAGUUACUCGACCUGCAACCUCUCCCUGUAUCGGCCCUCAGAAAUGCUGCCUUUGAAAGCCUCUACCAAAACAUGUUCCCCUUUUUCAACCCAAUUCAGACUCAAGUGUUCAACGCAUUGUACAACAGUGAUGACAAUGUUUUUGUGGGAGCCCCCACCGGAAGUGGGAAAACCAUCUGUGCAGAGUUUGCCAUUCUCAGGAUGCUGCUGCACAAUGCAGAUGGCCGCUGUGUCUACAUCACACCCAUGGAAGCUCUAGCUGAACAAGUGUUUUUGGAUUGGAACAAGAAGUUUCAGGGAAUUCUUGCUAAGAAGGUUGUCAUACUUACUGGAGAGACCAGUACUGACCUGAAGCUACUAGGAAAAGGAGACAUCAUCAUCAGCACACCAGACAAGUGGGACAUUUUGUCCCGCCGAUGGAAACAGAGGAAAAAUGUCCAAAACGUCAGUCUCUUUAUUGUAGAUGAGACUCAUCUCAUUGGUGGAGAGAAUGGGCCUGUGUUGGAAGUGAUCUGCUCCAGAAUGAGGUACAUCUCCUCUCAGAUUGAGCGUCCCAUCCGCAUCGUGGCUCUCAGCUCCUCUUUGUCCAAUGCUAAAGAUGUGGCUCAUUGGUUGGGUUGCAGCACCACAGCCACCUUCAACUUCCACCCCAAUGUCAGGCCUGUGCCCCUUGAGCUCCACAUCCAGGGUUUUAAUAUGAGUCACACACAGACCCGUCUGCUGACUAUGACUAAACCUGUAUACCAUGCCAUCAUGAAGCAUUCUCCAUCCAAACCAGCGCUGGUGUUUGUGCCCUCUCGCCGUCAGACUCGACUCACUUCUAUCGACAUACUGACAUUCUGCGCUUCAGAUGUGGUCCCUCAAAGGUUCCUUCACUGCUCUGAAAAGGACCUGACUCCAUUUUUGGAGAAGCUCUCUGAUAAUACAUUAAAGGAAACUCUGUCUAAUGGUGUGGGCUACCUGCAUGAGGGACUCUCAGCCACAGAACGCAGGAUUGUUGAACAGCUGUUUAACUCUGGUGCAAUUCAAGUCAUGGUGGCAUCUCGCUCUCUGUGCUGGGGAACUAGCGUCUCUGCCCACUUGGUGAUUGUAAUGGACACACAGUAUUACAAUGGGAAAAUUCAUGCCUAUGUGGACUACCCAAUCUACGAUGUGCUUCAGAUGGUAGGGAAGGCCAAUCGCCCCUUACAGGAUGAUGAGGGAUGCUGUGUCAUUAUGUGCCAGGGUUCUAAAAAGGACUUUUUCAAGAAGUUCCUUUAUGAGCCUCUACCUGUUGAAUCUCACUUGGACCACUGUCUACAUGACCACUUCAAUGCUGAAAUUGUCACUAAGACGGUGGAGAACAAGCAGGAUGCUGUGGACUAUCUGACCUGGACUUUCCUCUACCGCCGCAUGACACAGAACCCCAAUUAUUACAACCUACAGGGCAUGUCUCAUCGGCAUCUGUCUGACCACUUGUCAGAACUGGUAGAAAACACACUGCAGGAUCUAGAGCAGUCCAAAUGCAUCAGCAUUGAAGAUGAGAUGGAUGUUGCCCCCCUUAAUCUGGGCAUGAUUGCUGCGUAUUACUACAUUAACUACACCACCAUUGAGUUGUUCAGUAUGUCUCUGAAUGCCAAGACAAAGAUCCGCGGUUUGAUUGAGAUCAUCUCCAAUGCAGCUGAGUACAAGAACAUUCCAAUCAGGCACCAUGAAGAUACACUGCUUCGUCAGUUGGCGCAGAAGGUGCCUCACAAACUAAGCAACCCGAAGUUCAACGAUCCACACAUAAAGACCAACCUGCUGUUACAGGCUCAUUUGUCUCGUAUGCAACUGAGCGCUGAGCUGCAGUCUGACACUGAAGAUAUCCUUAGUAAGGCUGUGCGUCUCAUUCAGGCAUGUGUGGAUGUCCUCUCUAGCAAUGGCUGGCUAAGUCCUGCUCUGGCUGCUAUGGAGCUGGCUCAGAUGGUGACUCAGGCCAUGUGGUCUAAAGACUCGUACCUGAAACAGCUGCCUUACUUCACUUCAGAGCACAUCAAACGAUGCACUGACAAGAAUGUGGAGAGUAUCUUUGACAUUAUGGAGAUGGAGGAUGAGGACCGCACUGCACUUUUACAGCUAUCAGAUGCCCAGUUGGCUGACGUGGCACGUUUCUGUAACCGCUACCCCAACAUCGAGCUGUCCUAUGAAGUUUCUGACAAAGAAGAUAUUAAGAGUGGCAGUCCCGUUGUUGUUCAAGUGCAGCUAGAAAGAGAGGAGGAGGUUAUAGGACCUGUCAUUGCACCACUGUUUCCUCAGAAACGAGAGGAGGGCUGGUGGGUUGUGAUUGGUGACCCCAAAUCUAACAGUCUCAUCUCCAUUAAGAGACUGACUUUGCAGCAGAAAGCCAAGGUGAAACUAGACUUUGUGGCUCCUGUUGUUGGAACCCAUAACUAUACGUUGUAUUUCAUGAGUGAUGCAUACAUGGGUUGUGACCAGGAGUACAAGUUCAGUGUGGAUGUGAAGGAGGCUGACAGUGACAAAGACAGCGACUCAGACUGAUCUUGCUCACUGAGGAUGUUGUUUAAUGCAACAACAUUAUGAUUUUAUUCUUUCUUCAAAAUUAGCUAAGCAUAAGCUGGAAAUGAAAACAUGAUCGAUAAUCACAAGAUGUUUUGUGGUAAUAUUUUGUAGGGUGAUACAUGUGUUUGCAUGAUGUGUGUUAGUUAUGAUUUGGUGUAAUGAUCUUGGUUGAUGUAAAAGUUUUACAUCUGAUGUUUUUUCUUCUUACAUGUCAAAUUAAAUAAAAAUAUUUACAUGUUUGAA